CUGGGAAAAAUCGUGAAUGAAGACCUUUCUCGAUGGUCCCCCGCGCGAAACUUCUCACCACCACACUUCCCGAGCGAAAUCUUGUUGUUUUGUCCUUUGCCUGCACCUCGAAGAUCCCUCCCAUCUAUUUUAGAUUCACAUCGAAACAACAUCUUGCCCUUCUUGUCUACUGAUAUACUUCUCAUUUGACACUCGACACCCUCGACUCGGUGCGCGCUAUCUGCGUUAUCCCACCGCUUCCGAUAGUAACCUUGAUGGGUUUGAGCCUCGACCUUUGAUCCCGACCUCGAAACCCCUCUCAGCUACCUUGCGAGCUGCGAAUGGGAGCAACUCCGUUCCAGGCGCUGCUUGGGCAGCUCGAGAUAAUGAACGACAACCGCGCCUACAACCCGUCGUCGGGAGGAAAUAUGGACAUGAUGUUCUCGCAGGAUGGUUCGAUCGACGCGGCAGACGUCUGGGCGAACGCGUUGCCAUGGGAUAGCUCGUCGAAUGCUUAUACCCAAGCCACGAAUACCGAAGCGCCGUCUCCCCAUCCCACGACCGAAGAUUCUUUCCACCAGUCGCACCACGACCACUACUUCGGCAGCGGACACAGCAGCAGGUCUACAAUCAUCUACGAGGAGAAAUGCGACAGCCCAGAGUGCCACGUUCAGGAAUGUCACGAGCCCGACUGUGCGGAAGAUCUCGUCGAAUGCACCGACCCUUACUGCUUGCCCAUUGACGCCUGCCCCGACCCAGAUGUCUGUCACAGCGGGAGCACAAAAUGCGCGGGGAGUCUCGAGAUGGACAUCGUGUCCGCAGCUGCGAGUCUGGCGGCCAUGAAGCCCCCGACAAUGUCGAACGGGCAAUUUUACAACGGUCCGCAAAACUAUGAUUUUUGCGCUACGAUCGCGAACGGGUACACGAGUGCCACUCACCCACCUCACUUCGGCGCCUGCAUGUUCACCAAUGCCUACAUGCCUUCCUACAACAAUGGCGGCAUGAUGGGAGCGGCGCAGGACAGCGGUAUGUGCCAAUACAUCAACAACAACAGCAAUUUCUGCCAAAGUCACGAGACCUACCAUAAUAUGGGUCCUCCCUCCUUCCAAAACUCAACCCUCCAAUACGCCAUGUCCCUCCGCGACCUCUCCUCCCGCUCCUCCUCUUCCCAAGACCCCUUCGCCUUCUCCACCGAACCAACCCCCUCCUCCGCAUCAACCUACUCCUCCCCCCACCCCCCAUCCGACGUCGCCCUCCUCACCCCGGCCUCGCAACCCGAUCCCAACUUCCCCGUCCCCGUCUGCCAAUGGCACGACACCCCCACCUCCACGCCCUGCUCCAAAACCUUCGCCACGAAAGCGGCGCUGCAAUCGCACAUCCAAUCUGUGCACACCGCUCCCCUCUCCAAAUCUCUUGGCUUCGUCUGCCGCUGGUCUGGAUGCAGUCGUCUCUCUCUCCCAGCCGACCGCGCAGGGUUCGCCCAGCGCUCGAAAUUGGAUAGACAUAUGCAGUCACACACUGGGCACAAGGCGUGUAAGUGCCCUGAAUGCCACCACGAGUUCAGCACCUCCCAGACCCUCGAGAGUCACAUGCGCACACACACCGGCGACAAGCCAUUCAAGUGCAAAGAGCCCGGAUGUGACUACGAAGCUGCCCAGGCGAGUCAAUUGACGAUGCACACGCGCACCAAGCAUACGCGCGAGAAGCCCCUUCUCUGCGACUUCCCUGGGUGCGGACGCCGCUUCGCAGAGAGUAGUAAUCUGAGUAAGCAUAAGAAGAUCCAUGAGCCGGAGGAGGAGUGUCGGUGCGGGGUGUGUGGGAAGAGUUUUAGGCGGCGCGAUCAGUUGAGGCGGCAUUUGAAGAUUCAUGUUCGCAAGGAUGGGUUGAGUGAGGUCGGGGCGAGGAAGGCGUUGGGGGGGAAGAGGGGGGAGGAGAUGAGUGAGACGGGGAGUCAGUUGCUCAGUCCGAGUCCGAGUGUGCCACCGGGAGGGGCGGGGAUGGAGAUGGAGUUUAAUGAGGAGGCACGGAUGGGGAUGGAUAUGGAGAUUGAUGGGGGGUCGAUGAUGGCCUCACAGCAAUCAAUGACAGCCCAAUCUAACUGGGCUAUGACCUGAUCUCCUCACUUUUUAUCUCACAACACCACCACCACCACCAUCACAUCACAUCACAUCACACCAACACCAACACCAACACCUUCACCACCACGAUUCAGCGAGCACUUGCAAGCAUUAAUCAGCCCCAAAAAGUUAGCGAAAGCGCCCCAUCUGCACUAUUCACGACAUCAUAAUUGCCAGCCCGUCUAUCUAUUGGAUGUUCUUCUCACGUGUGCGAAUUUUUUACUUCGGUCGGUUUGGACAACAAAAAGCAAUAAUGACUCUUUUUUUGUUAAAGAGAUUUUUUUCGUCUUCUUCUUGAGCAAUGUUGUUAUUAUCUUAGACAGCGCCUUUUGGGUGUGGGAAAAAUGGGAUGGAUGGAUGGGAGGAUUUUUUUAAAAGGAUAGGAUAUGGAAAAUGGGAUGGAUGGACGGCCUUAGGGGAUGAAAAUGAAACAAGGGAUGGCGGAAUAGAAAAAGGGAAAGGAAAAGGAAAGAGAAUGGAAAAUGGGGGGUAAUGAUCACGUAAUCCACGCUGUUGAUGAAAAGGGAAGUACUGUUUUGAAAAAAAAAGUGCGUUCGGGGAGCAGUGGAGAAGGGGAGGAGGGGAUACCACAGGGUUUUAUCUUGGCCUUGUCCAAUGAUUUAGUAGACAACGAAACGAAAGGGGAAUGAAAAGAAUAG